CUUCCCUGCAGCACCGAGGUCUUCAUCUGCACCAGCCCCCUGUUGAAGUACGAGCACUGCGUGGGUGAGAAGUUCUCCUGGGUGGACAAGUAUCUGGGGCCCCAGUUUGUGGAGCGCAUCAUCCUGACGAGGGACAAGACGGUGGUCUUGGGGGACCUGCUCAUCGAUGACAAGGACACCAUUCUAGGCCAAGAGGAGACCCCAGCCUGGGAGCACAUCUUGUUCACCUGCUGUCACAACCAGCACCUGGCGCUGCCCCCCGCAAAGAGGCGGCUGCUUUCUUGGAGCGACGACUGGAGGGAGAUCAUAGAGAGCAAGCGGGACACGGCGGCCGUGGCCCCGGGACGGUGGGCAGUGCUUCAAGGACGGGAAGACAGGCCGGCAGGGAAGCCCAGCAGAGCUAAGUGACAGGGCAGCCUCGUGCGGUGACCCAGCGCUGGGGAGCAGCGGGACACAGCAACCUCUACUCUCACAGGCCAGCCACCUGGCACCUCCCGAGAUGGCGGCACGGAAACACGGUGGGCAGUCAGUCAGGAACCGGUUAAUAAAACAGUCUGGCUCA